AUGAUAGAUAGAUUUCCCGUGGAGAUUCAAGUGAGAAUACUUAGGUUAGUCCCAGAAAGUGCCUUGAAACAAACCAGCUCUCAUUUCUAUCUAUUGUAUAAUGACUUGUUCUAUGAUAAGCUAAUACGAACGUUCGGAGAUGAUGUGGUCCAUAUUUUGUCCAAAGUAUACCCCCAACUCAGAGAAUACAUAAUAUCACUAGAUUCAUUCAGAUUAGUUUCACGACAAGCAAUUUCCUCACGUUUGAACUUGAUUGAUCACGGAGACAUACGACAUCCAAAUCCCGAACAGUUAAUCGAAUCCAUGUAUGUCAAAGACUCUUGGCGAUACAUCUUUUCCCUUCUUAAAAAUAAGAGGCUUUAUGCCGAAUAUUCAGACUAUAAAAUCGAUGAGCCAACAAACUACAUUUACAACCAUUAUGUGGAAAUCAACAGAACAUACCUUCUCUCUUAUACAAAAGACAUCUGGUUGGCACCUGGAAUGUACAAUCUUAAUAUAGGCCUAGUCAUCAAGCAUGGCACGGGGUUAGGCACGACAAAGUUCGAAGUUGAGUACCAGACAACAGGUGGAGCAAUUGAGGUUCAAACCUUUUACCCACCGACUAACAUUAAUGAAAUAUUGCCGAAGAACCAGUUUUGCUUCUUGAAAAUAGGCGAAUUCCACUUACCUCAAGUUAGACAUAAAUUAAACGGACGCAACUGUCCAAGUCAUAAUAACCGCUUGUUCAAGGUGAAGUUAAUUAUGGAAGAGAUUGGCCUUUAUUUGAAGUCAGGAUUCAGCAUAUUCUAUAUUGAUAUUUCCCAACCAUCAACACUUUUAAAUGAAUAUGAUCUCCUAUUCUAUUCCUGCCAGGAAACAGAUUAUAAGUAUUAUAUCAAUUUUCCCCUCAAGAAUUUUUACAAAGUUCUUAACUAUGUCCAAAAUCCAAGUGAAGAGGAUGGCAUCAGCGAAUAUGAAUCAUAUGGCAAAGGAAACCCUGACAAUAUCUUAUCGACGUUAGAUAAUGACUUUAUUGAUACUCCGAGAGAUGAGUCGGAUUCAGACCAUCAACUCUUGGACUAUUCAUCUUUUUUCUAUCUAAACAAGUCUAAUCACAGAACCUAUAGGUUCAACACUGUUUAUCAAAAACGCCAAUUCAUCAAUAGAUUUGGCAAUUUCGAUCCGAUUGAUAGUGAGCCGAACACAUGCUCUUAUGAUAAGGAAGAUUUGAAGUGGAGGAUUCCGAUUUUAGGAGAAUUAUAG